AGUGUGGAAAUAUAUAAAACACAGGAAAAUUACGUUUAUGACAGCACUGGGCCUUUAAAUCGUGUGACUAGGCUAAGCCACUGCAGUAAAUCAUGGUAUGAUUACUCACUACAGUAGAUACGAAAAAAUAGCACACAACAACUCGUAACUUCUCAUAAUAACCAUGAAUAGAGCUUUUAAAAAUUGCCGAACGGUAAUGGUGACAGGAGCCAGCCGAGGCCUCGGUCUGCAAGUAGUGGAAAGUCUGGUGGCAGGGAGCUCUGCUCCGGACAAAAUUAUUGCCACGGCCAGAAAUCCGAGCGGGGCCCAGGUAAAUAAACCCAUGCGGAAAUGUUAUACAUCUUGUGCUGUGUUUUGAGCGUAGCCUAGGCUGCAGUGUUCUUUUAUAGGGGUUGGUGGACUUCAUGUAAGGUCUGUCAUAUAAAUAAUUAUGCAUAUUCUCAAUAUUUUAUAACAUUUUGAUGUAGGCUAACGUUUGCUCAUACUUUCUCAAACAGCAAAUACCCAUGUCUAACCAACCUGGACUCAGGGGUAGACUUAGCAUAGUAAAUGUAAAUCUGGAACAAGUCAAUUAAUAUGAUAUGUAACGGUUCACAUGGGAUGUUUGUGGAUGUCAAUCAUCCAUUUCGUAUGAUAUGUUACGAAUUACAAUUCGUUGGCUAAAUGGCUAACGUUAGCUGGCUGAAGGUUAGGGGUUAAAGGGUUAAGGUUAGGGGAAGGUUUAGCUAACAUGCUACGUAGGUGUAAAGUAGCUAAAAAGUAGUAAGUAGUUGCUGCUGCAUAGCUAAAAUGCUAAAAUGGUCCAUGAUGAGAUUCGAACACGCAACCAUUGGGUUGCUAGACGUUCGCGUUACUUUAACCCUAACCUUAACCCCUAGCCUAGCUAAUGUUAGCGGUUAAAGUUAGUGCUAGGAGUUAGGCUAGGGAAGGGUUAGCUAACAUGCUAAGUAAGGUUAAAGGGUUAGCUAACAUGGUCAGUAGUUGCAAAGUAGCUAAAAAGUAGUAAGUAGUUGCUAAAAUGCAAAAGUGGUCCGCGAUGAGAUUCGAACAUGCAACCCAAUUGCUAGACGUUCAUCUUAUACACCAAUCCAUCCACCCGGACUAAUAACCUUACUGUGUUUUUGCGUUAAGUAACCUUCUGUUUUAUGUAACAUAUCAUACUUAUUUGAGUGUCCCGGAUGUACUAUGUUAUGUCUAGUCUGAGACCAGGCUGGUCUAACCCAUGUCACUGGUGCAUCCAUAUCUGCACAUCAGACUUGCAAUGUAGUUGUGUGAAGUAAUUCUCUGUUUUGCAGGAACUGCAGAAACUAGCUGAAAAACAUCCAAAUAUCCAUAUAAUAACGCUUGGUAAGAAUAAUUAAAUCAAUAACUUUUGUAUGCAUGAUAUAAUGCUAUAAAAAAAAUCAUAUUGUUUUGUUCUUGACUUUGCCUCCUCUCCAGAUGUUGUCAGUCAGGAGAGCAUAGAGAAAGCUGCACAAGACGUUGACCUGCUUGUUCAGGAGGUGGGCCUCAAUUGUCUAAUCAACAAUGCUGGAAUCAAUGUUGUCGCCAAUUUUGAGACCGUCACGGCUGAGAAGAUGUUGGAGAACUUCCACACCAACUCUGUUGCCCCCCUUAUGAUCACUAAGGUUUAAUUUGUUAAUUUUAAUCUUUACAUAAACAAAAAUACAACAUGAUAGUCCACCUGCAUGAGAGAAAUAGAAAUGUUCUCACAUUCUGUAUCUCUGCCAGGCUCUCCUACCCCUGUUGAAGAGGGCAGCUGUCAAAGGCACAGGGAUGGGCAUCCAUAGAGCUGCAGUCAUCAACAUUGCUUCCUUGUUAGGGUCAGUCGAGCUCAACUGGGGUGACCGGGCCAACAACAUCAAGUGGUAUCCUUACAGAACAUCCAAGGUAUGUAUAUUGUUGGUCAUUUGACAACCUGAUAAAUGUGGACAAGUGUCAAGCAGAUAUAACAUAAGUGACAUGGCUCUGACAACAAGUUUUGACAGAGUGCCCUGAACAUGGUGACCCGAUGCAUGGCAGUGGAUCUGGAGGCUGAUGGCAUCCUGUGUAUGGGCCUCCACCCUGGCUGGGUACGCACUGACAUGGGUGGACCAGAGGUAAGCCUCUAUUCUCCUCUUCUCAGCAGAGACAACGUAAUGCACACAGCAUCACAAUAUCUGUCCCCACAUCCGUACUUGUUUAUUUUAGUAAUAGCCCCAUGAGAAUAAAUAGUAGUUUUUUAGGGAGACAUUGAUAAUUAAUACUCAUUAUAAUUUCCCCUUUGCCUCCAGGCACCUUUGAGUCCAGAGGAGAGCAUAUUAUCUGUGUUGUCAGUAAUUGGUGGAUUGACUGAAAAGGAUCAUGGGUCAUUUCUACACUACACUGGGGAGCCACUACCCUGGUGAUUGGAAUAUCACCAUGGAUGAUUUUAUAAAGUUGUUGCUUUGCACAUGUUUAUGCUUUGACUUUGCAAAGUUGAAUGUACUACCUAAAUAGCAGUUUUAAAUGACAAAUGCAUCAUGUAAUGUUCUAUAUGACAUGAAGUUUUAUUUGCUGUAACACUGACACUAUAUGCCUAGCCUAUAUUAUUUAAAUGAGGCAAGUUAAUUGUUCAGUAGGCCUAUGUGCAACAGGUUGAAGUGGCGAGGAAGCAAAUAAUAAUAAUAAUA